AUGACCAUUACUCACAGCGACGUCGUUAUCGCGGGCGCCGGGCCUGUCGGGCUCCUCCUCGCUUUACUGCUGCACCAGCAAGGUGUAAACGUGACACUGGUCGAGCGCCAGAAGGCCUUAUACCCCCUACCUCGUGCGGUCGUGUUCGACCACGAAGCGCGUAGGAUGCUUGGCUCUGCAGGCCUUGGGCCCGAGCUCGACCUCAUCCUCGAGAAGGUGAUUGGGCAGGGCGGAGAGGAUGGGACCAACUUUGUGUGGCGCGACGCCGACCUGAAGCUGGUAGCCGAUCUUUGCUGGGAGGCGCCUACGGCUUCUGGGACCGACUUUUGCUUCGGUUUCAACCAGCCCGAGCUCGAGAGCGUACUCGAGCGUGCGGUCCUCUCUAGGAACAUCCCUCUCGUUCGCGGCUAUGCGGUACAUGCACUGCAACAGGAUGCGGAUGGUGUAGACGUGCACCUUGAGCCGUUCACGUUCAAGGCAGCCACGAAUGGUGUUACCGCCGGAGUUGUCGUCAACGGUCUACUUUCAAGCUCCCCCGAGCCGGGUUCACCAACAGGUGAAGGCCGCACUAUCCGGGCAUCCUAUGUUGUAGGCUGUGACGGUGCCAACUCGACCAUCCGCCGCCUCGAGGGUUUCACGACUACCGACCUGAACUUUGAGAACGACUGGCUUAUCGCCGAUCUACUCCUCAAAGACGGGUUCGUGCCGGAGCAGUUCAAGCGCCUCGGCGCCUCGCAGAUUUGCGACCCCACCCGCCCUACGACUCUUGUGUUCUCUGGCAAGGGCCGGAAGCGUCUUGAAUUCAUGCGCUUGCCCGGCGAGACACCGGAGAUGCUUCUCGACAAGCUAUGGAGCCUGGUUGCUCCGUGGGGCUUCACGCCCGAGAACUGCGAGCUUGAGCGCAAAGUCAUCUACACGUUCAAGGCUCGGUGGGCGAACGAGUUCUUCAAGGAUCGUGUCACCCUGGCUGGUGACGCGUUGCACCAGAUGCCUCCGUUCAUCGGACAAGGUAUGAACUCGGGAUUCCGUGACGCAGGGGCACUUGCAUGGCGUCUCCCUCUCAUGCUCUCAGGGGCGGCAGACCCCACCAAGCUCUUCCAGAGCUAUCAGGAGGAGCGGCUCCCCCAUGUUCGCACUCUCACAGAGUAUUGUAUCGACCUGGGCGGCGUCAUCUGCGAGACAGACCCCGUCAAGUCAAAGGAAAGCCAUGACGCUCUUCGCGCUGCGCCUCCACCGCCACAGUUCGACCCACCCCUUGGACGCCCCGGUAUCCUGACUGCCCAGGAUCAGGCAGGACACCUCUCACUCCAACGUAACCUGGCUACUGCGGCCUGUGAAGCUCUGUUUCACGACGUGCAUGGCCAUGGUUGGUUCCUCCUCAGCUUUGGUAGCCAGGUGGAGAUCUCGGAGGCGUCGAGUGAAUUCUUUGUCGACGUUCUGGGAGGCAAGUGCGUCACUGUGUCUCCUCAAGAGGAUGUCAAGGGCGAGUACGCGGCGUGGUUCGACCGCCUUGGCAAAGACCAGGUCGUGCUCAUCCGCCCCGACUUCUACGUGUUCGGCCACACCGCUCUGGUUGACGUGGACACCCUUGUGGGCGAGCUGCGGACCAAGAUGGGUGCCGCUUAA